AUGGACACAACAAACAACAUCUCGACUGCUGAUGAGCAGAUCUCGAACAAUAUACAGCCAUCCCCGCUUUUGCGUCUUCCAUGCGACCUUCAACACAUGAUAUUCGAUCAUCUCAAUCCAGUCGACAGCACAUGCAUCGGGCUAAGCUCGAAAGCGCUCUAUGCUAUCUACCGUCGUCGUUUCAAAGAUCCUCUGCCACUGUAUAGAGUUGUUCACGUGCCUGAAUUCACAUGGAGUUUCCCAGAAUUUGGAACGGAGCUUCGGUCAAAGACCUGUCCGAAGUGUUUUGCCAGCAGAUCUUGUUUCUUACAUUGCCAUAUUGAAGGGUGGUUCGGCGAGAAACGUCACUACUGCUUUGUGUGCCGGUCGUUUGUACACAAGCCUGAGACGUAUAAGGACGGUGAUGUCCAAUUGUGUAAGAGGCAUCUAGCUUGUUAUGACAACGACGCUCGUUGGAUCAAAGAGGUUCUUAAUCACUUCGACGCUACUUACGCCCAAGCAUACAGUUGUGUGCGGUAUCUGAGACGGAUCUAA